UAAAUAAAAACCAUUCACAAACACGCCCUCCACAGAUUUUUAUUUAUUUAUUUAUUUUCCAACCAUCAAAAAACCCCUCAAAAACAUCGCCUCUCUGCAAAGGGCCCAAAAUUUCUACCUCUUUUUUAUCGAUCUCUGCAGAAAAUGGGCGUCGAUUACUAUAACAUACUCAGGGUCUCGAGGAACGCGACGGAGGAGGACGUGAAGAAAUCGUACAAGCGGCUGGCCAUGAAGUGGCACCCGGACAAGAACGCCGUGAACGCGGCGGAGGCCGAGGCGAAGUUCAAGCAGAUUAGCGAGGCUUACGACGUCCUGGGCCACCCCGAUAAGCGGCAGAUCUACGAUUUGUACGGCGAGGAGGGGCUCAAGUCCGGCAUGUACCCGCCGCCGGGGUCCAAGGACAGGGAUUUCGGCGGCGGAGGGGGCGGGAGGGGGUUUAGGUUCAGCCCCCGGGACGCGGAGGACAUUUUUGAGGAGUUUUUCGGCGGUUUGGAUGGAGAGAAGGGGAUGAGCUCCGCCGCCGCCGCUGCCGGCGGCGGGAGGUUGAUGAAGGCGGAGGUCAUGGAGACCAAGCUGCCGUGCAGCUUGGAGGAGCUAUAUAAGGGGUCGAAGAGGAAGAUGAAGAUAUCCAGAGUUGUACUUGAUGCUUCAGGCAAGCUAACCACUGUCGAGGAAGUCUUGGCCAUACACAUCAAGCCUGGCUGGAAAAAGGGCACGAAGAUCACAUUUCCCGAUAAGGGCAACCAAAAGGACGGUUUUGCCCCUGGGGACCUUAUUUUCAUCGUGGAUGAAAAGCCACAUCCCGUUUACAGAAGGGAUGGCAAUGAUCUAAUAACCCAUCAAAGAAUCUCUCUGCUCGAUGCCCUCACUGGAAAGACACUGAACAUCACGACUUUAGAUGGUCGCAAUUUAACCGUGCAAGUGGCGGAUAUCGUCAAGCCUGGAUAUGAAAUGUUGAUACGAAAUGAAGGCAUGCCGAUUUCAAAAGAGCCCGGUAAAAACGGUGACUUGAGGAUUAAGUUUGAUAUUAAGUUCCCUUCAAGGCUUAGUAACGAGCAGAAAUCGGACCUGAGGAGGGUUCUGGGGAGGUCGAGUGGUUAAUAAUAGCUCGAAAGUCAUGGAACUUUUUUUUUUUUUUUU